AUGCCCGGCUCGUCGCGCUUACCCGUGAGUCUGCGCGACACGUUCAAUGCGCGGAAGAGCUCCGCCCAGGGCCGGCUCGUCGCCUUGAACAUUAAUGUUCUGCGCAAUGUAGUCUUCAUCCUGUUCCUCCUCCGUUGGACGCGCAUCACCUUCUACCAGCUCAAGGGCCGUGGCAUCUUCGGCUCUAUCGGCGACCUCUAUUUCAGCAUCAGGCGCUACCUCUACGGCGUGUUCCUACGACUCCCAGGCGUACGCACAAAAGUCCAGACCCAAGUCUCCGAAUCGCUUCUGAAGCUCGAGCGAAAACUGGUUCCCAGCGGUCCCGGCGUCGAGCGCAUCACCAGCUUACCGAGCGAGGGAUGGAGCGAAGAGGAGGUUCGCAAGAAGCUGGGCGAGUUGGCUGACAUGGACCACACGAGGUGGGAAGACGGAAGAGUUAGUGGUGCGGUUUAUCACGGCGGGGACGAAUUGAUACGACUGCAGACGGAGGCGUUUGGCAAGUUCACUGUAUCGAAUCCGAUCCACCCUGAUGUCUUUCCUGGUGUAAGGAAGAUGGAAGCCGAGGUGGUGGCUAUGGUCCUCUCCCUCUUCAGUGCCCCGGAAAGUGCAGUCGGUGUCACAACUUCAGGCGGCACGGAAUCAAUCCUGAUGGCCUGUCUCUCUGCCCGCAACAAAGCCUACAAGGAGCGUGGCGUCACGAGCCCCGAGAUGAUCCUCCCGGAGACGGCACAUACGGCAUUCCGAAAAGCAGGCGAGUACUUCAAGAUCAAGGUCCACCUCGUAGCGUGCAAAGCCCCGAGUUACAAGGUCAACCUAUCUUCUGUCUCUCGUCUCGUCAACCCGAACACGAUCCUGCUGGUUGGUUCAGCUCCCAACUUCCCCCAUGGCAUUAUCGAUGAUAUUUCCGGACUCAGCAAAUUGGCCUACAAGAAGAAGUUGCCGUUGCAUGUUGACUGCUGCCUUGGCUCCUUCAUUAUCCCCAUGCUCUCCAAGGCUGGUUUUGAAGCCGAGCCAUUUGACUUCCGUCUCAAGGGCGUAACGAGCAUUUCUUGUGAUACUCACAAAUACGGCUUCGCGCCCAAGGGCAAUUCUACUGUGUUAUACCGCUCGGACGACUACCGCAAGUACCAGUAUUUCAUUUCGCCCGACUGGUCUGGCGGCGUCUAUGCCUCGCCCUCGAUUGCUGGCUCUCGUCCUGGUGCCUUGAUUGCAGGGUGCUGGGCCAGUCUGGUCAAGCAGGGUGAGAAUGGUUACCUUGAUGCUUGCCACAAGAUUGUUGGUGGGAUGAAGAAGAUCGAAUCUGCUAUUCGCGAGAAACCCGAGCUCUCUUCAGACCUCAAGGUCAUCGGACGGCCCUUGGUUUCUGUGGUAGCGUUCCUCUCUGACUCAUUAGACAUUUACGACAUCGCGGAUGGCAUGUCGGAGAAGGGAUGGCAUCUAAAUGCGCUGCAGACCCCACCAGCUAUCCAUGUCGCUGUUACGCUGCCCAUCGUUGCAGUGGUGGAUAAGCUGAUUGAGGACCUCGUGGAGGUUACAGAAGAGGUGAGGGAGAAGGAGAGGCGGCGGAUUGCGGAAGGGCAGGGUGCAAAGGGUGCUGUCAAGGGAGAUACGGCAGCGUUGUAUGGUGUUGCGGGCAGCUUGCCUAACAAGGGUGUUGUUGUGGAUCUUGCAAAGGGCUUUUUGGAUACGCUGUAUAAGGCAUGA